AUGCCUUCUCUCCUCACCACAGAACUUGCAGUCGUCUCCGUCGGCACUGACAUCCACCUCUUCUACCAAAACGGCCAAGAUAUCUUUGAAACUCACUCUGCCAACGGUCAAGCCUGGGUUCAAGACACCACUCCAAUCGCGAAAGAUGGGGAUUACGCUGGUUCUGCAAUCACUGCCUACUAUGUAGACAAGGAUGCCAACUUUUACAACGCUCAUACGAUUCACCUCCUAUACAUCAAUUCAUCCCAUGAACUUGUUGAGAAAGUCAAGAAAUUGGCUACUAACACAUGGGAAGGUGUGACUCUAGAAGAUGUAGUCAAGAAAGGUCCCGAGAUGAACUCUCGUCUUGCGGGCGCCGCAUACAAUUUCAAUGGUGGAUGGAACCCCGAGGGUUCCCAAUGGGUUUACUAUACCUCUCGUGAUACCACUGAUGCCAAAGAAGGUGUCACAGAGAUUCGUCGUACUCCUUCUGGAUCCUGGAACGUUGAAAGAGUCCUCCCCCAAAAAUGGGGUCAAAUCCUCUUAGCCACAUCUCUCGCCGUCACAAUUGUGAGGGGAGAAAUCCAGCUAUUUUUCCAGAAUCACGAUUUGGAUAUCUGUUUGUACAAAAACACCAACAAUUCCUGGUCUGACGAAGGCGCAGUAAUCAAAGGAUCCCUCGUAGCAGCCAACACCACCCUCUCUGCCACCAAGACCUCCGAUGGUAAAACCCACAUUUUCUACGCGAGUAAGAAUAGCCCGCAGAACAUCAUUCAUAGUGUGGAUGGUGCACAAGAAGAACUUGUGAAAUUCUAUCCCGGAAGUAAGGUUGGUACUACGAGUAGCGGGGAUAAAGUAUCGACGUUCUAUCGGAGCUUGAAUCCGGUGGGUAAUGUAGAGGAGAAGAAGUACGAGGGUGGAAAGUGGGGGGCGGCGACUACUGUUAUUAAGGAGUAG